AUGAUUCUGUUUAUAAUUCAGACUGAGCAUAGUCUCCGUCAGCCCAUGUUUUACUUCUUGACCAUGUUGGCCUUCACUGACCUAAGCCUGUCUACUGCCACCAUCUGCAAGAUGCUGGGCAUCUUCUGGUUCAAUUUCAGGGAAAUGCUUUUUAGUGCCUGCCUUGCACAGAUGUUUAUGAUUCAUCUUUACACUGGCCUGGAGUCUGGGGUACUGAUAGUCAUGGCCAUAGACUGCUAUGUUGCCAUCCACAUUUCUCUGAGAUUGACCAUGAUCCUCACAAACAAGGUGAUGGCCAUUCGUGUAGUCAUGACAGUGAUAUCUUUAACCUCUUGUUAUCCCUUUUUGUUUCUCAUCUUGCCGUUGUCAUUCUGUGGUGCCUGUAGGGUCUCACACACCUACUGUGAGCACAUGGGCGUCACCCGCCUUUCCUGUACCAGCACCAGAGCCAAUAACUUGUUUGGCAUGGUUGCCCUUUCUAUGGGAUUCACUGACCUUAUUGUAAUUGGUUUCUCCUGUGUGAGGAUACUCUGCACAGUGUUCCAUUUGCCGUCACGGAAUGCCCGGGUCAAGGCUCUCAGCACCCAUGGCUCCCAUGUCUGUGUUGUGCUCAGCAUCUAUAUCCUUGCACUUUCCCCUUUUCUGACCCACCACUUUGGUCAUGGCAUCCCUGGCUAUACUCAUAUAUUUCUGGCCAAUAUUUAUAUGGUUUUUCCCCCUGCACUCAACGCUGUCAACUAUGAGGUUAGGACAAAACCCUAUUGA